AAAUGACAGACUCUGGUAUUUCCAUAGCUACUAAAAUCCAAUAUAUGUGUAUAUGUAUAUGUACAUACACAACUUAACUACCACUCAUAUCGCAUUCUAAACCAUGUUCCCUCCUCUUCUUUCAUCGCCACAUACGGACAUUCCCAUAUCAACUCAUCCAUCCCCCUCCCUUUUAAAGAGGGGUCUCACACAACCCCCAAGGAUUCAGAACAAUCCAAGGUGCCCAUCUAAACAACAACAACAACAACAACAACAGCAAGAAGAAGAAGCAGAAGAAGCAGAAAAUCCAAAAAGUGGAUGUAUUUACACAAAAGGAAAAUAGUCCCAGAGUGGUAGGACGGAGAUUGUCCCCAUCAUCAACAAACAAGCGCAACGAAUGGCCAAAUAAAAUGUAUAAAAAAAAACGGGAAAAAGGUAUACGAGCGCGCGCAAACAAAGACAGACGGUAAGAUGAAGAAAAAUGGAGGGGCAGAAAAAAAGACAAACCGGCAGGGCAAUGAACAAAAAAAGCUUCUCAAAACAGAAAUGGUAAGACAGGGGAGGUGAUGAGGGGGGGAAAGAGGGAAACAAGAAAUAAAAUCAAAAAAUAAAAAGUUUGGUGUAAAAUAAAAGGACUGGCAAGGUUUCCCUUUCCCCCCCGCAACGCUAUGCAAUUCAUUCAUUUCCCUUUGUAUCGCUUUAAUUUCUCUUUCUGCUUCUUGUUCC